AUUGAAAGAGAAAGGUCGAAGCACAACAGUCUGUUGCGAUGAAAACAAAGCGGCAUCUCUAUAUUUUGUGGAGUGUUUUAUCACUUGGUCUCCUCAGCUGUGCACUGGACACUUAUGAAUCUACAUUUUCGAGAAGGAAAGUUUUCAAACUGGGUACGCCAAAAUCCAAACCCAUUAAACUGUCAGCAGGCAGAAAAUCCUCCCAGAGGUUACCUGCCAGCACGUCUCCAUUGUCUCAACUCACUUCCCAAAGGCCCUACCCUCCUCUGGCACCUGUAACACCUCGAUCCAUGCGCCCAGGGAAGCCGCAGGCAAAGAUCCAGUCGGACUUUGCUUACCUCCCAGACGUUUCUGUGACCUGCUCCACGUCCGACUUCGUCGUGCGGGUCAAACCAUCUUUCUACGGUCUGGGCGCAGAUGCAGAGGAGCUGAAAUUAGGCAGCACCUGCAAAAGCAACGGGGUCCUCAGACCGUACGGAGACCUCCUCUUCACCUAUCCUCUGACAGCGUGCGAGUCCGUGCGUCAGUCGCCCCGCGGUUAUCUGAUCUACAAAUACAUGCUCCAUUAUGAGCCUUCCCCAAAGCGUUUCCCAAGCAGAGCGCACUGGAUCGAUGUUGAUAUUGAAUGCCGUUAUCAAAGGAACCAUCAUGUGUACCAACUGACUGUAAAGCCCACCUGGCAAACUGCUGUUGUGCGUAAAAGGCUGAAAGGAAGUCCAAAUGACUUUCAGAUCCAGUUGAUGGACGAUUCAUGGAGCAGACCAGCCAAGUCCAAGGUGUAUCCGCUUGGAAAGACUGUUAAUUUCCAGGUGUCUGCUCUCCAUCUCCCAACUGGUGUAAAACUGUACAUCAAUGGCUGCUAUGCUACACCCUCCAGUGGCUCUACAUCAUCCCUCAAAUACACCAUCAUUGACAACCUAGGCUGUAUGCUGGACAGCAAGAGAGAGCCAGGGGCCUCUCGGUUCAUCUCUCGGACAGACAAGACAAUGAGAUUCUCCUUAAAGGCUUUCCAGUUCACUUCUGACCCCGACACGGAGGUCAAUAUUCAUUGCAAAUUAUUUGGCACAUCUGAGGACCCGGGUCCUGCUCACAAAUCAUGCACAUACAGAGGGAACAGGUGGAAGGCUCUUACCGGUGACGACUCCAUAUGUGAAUGUUGUGAUUCACAGUGUGGGACAUCUAAAACCCGGAGGGCCAUGAUGGAAGGCUUUGCCAGCAGUCAGCCACUGCUGAUCUCUGAUGAGCCGUACACAGCAGAGGAUGGCUUUCUACCAAUCAGUCAUGAUGAGCUGCACAGUCAUGAUAACUUAUGGGGAACUGAGGAUGUCCUUAUGGAUUAUGAUGAUGAUGAUGAUGAUGAUGAAGAACAGCAAGGCCACACAGAAGAAGAAGAGGAGGAAGAAGAAGAAGAGGAAGAAGAGGAGGAAGACAAAAGUGGGAUUUUCCUUGGAGUGAUGACAGAACCCGAUUUAGAGGGGUUAGAUAUCAGGGAUAGGGUCUUAUUGGAGGAGGCGAACGAGUCUGAAAUGAAAGAUUCUAAUCAGUUUGAAGAGGAUGGGUCGGGGUUUAUAGUAAAAGAGGAUCUUUCUGAGAGUGAAGAGGAGGAGGGAUUUGAAGGAAGAGAAGAGGAGAUCUCUGUACAGCAGGCAAUCCAUUCGAAUCAGAAGGAAGGUGAAGUGUUGGUGCGAAUGUUAACAUCAGAAGUCAGCUUGCAGAGAGAGUUACAGCCACUGGUCUCUGAAGGUGAGGAAGAAAACAGGGAGCAGACAGGUAGAAAUGACAAAGAUGACAAAAUGGUGGAGUGGAAGAAUGGUGAUGAUGAUUUAGUCGAUGAUAGAGAGAUGACCUGGUAUUUCACAUGGAGGUAGUAUUAGUUUAAUGAAUAGUCAGUACUCAGUACUCUGCUUAUAGACUGUUGUAACUCUCUACAGAAGGAUAUUCUGACUCAUUUCAAUAAAACCAUGAAAA